AUGAUCUCCUUGUCAGGAUUGCUUGCAUUACUCGGUAUUCCUAUCAGGGCAUUGAUUUUGGCAGUGAAAUAUUACACUGUUGGACUUCCAUAUCGAAAAUAUUCUAACAGUUUAAAGCAAUGUUUAAGGAUCCUUGUUUUCAGAACGGUAGUUAAGCUAAGUGUCUUUGAUGCCUAUUACAUCUCGUUUAUGAGUAAUAAUUUCGUUAUCAACAAGAUUGUUCCUUUUUUCCAUAAGUCCAUUACUAGUAAA